UGCAGCUGCAGGCUCUGGUUACACCCUCUCCACCCUCUAAAUGUCCCGCUGCAGGAUGAAGCAGACAGCUGUGAGAAUCUGACAAGAUUCCUCGUGCACAUUCUUCCAUCGUUCGGUUUGGUCGAAGGAGCGAGCAGCUUCCACACUGAGAAACUGAGAGCAGAAAUCCACCGCCAUGUCCAUCCGGAGGCUUAGGAGCAACCCUAAAACACUCGGGGAUGUCAAUAUGGUGACGGAGGAGCUGAGGAAUCUUUAUUAUAAGAGGCUGCUGCCGAUAGAGAAAUACUACUCUUUCCAUCUCUUUCAUUCUCCGAGCUACGAGGAUGCAGACUUUGACAACAAACCAAUGGUCCUGGUGAUGGGUCAGUACUCAACAGGAAAGACAACUUUUAUCAGGUAUCUCAUAGAACAAGAUUUUCCUGGUAGCAGAGUUGGGCCAGAGCCAACCACUGACUGCUUCACUGCCCUCAUGCACGGAGAGGUGGAAGGAAUCAUCCCCGGCAAUGCCCUCACGGUGGAUCCCAAAAAGCCCUUUCGCAACCUGGACCCUUUUGGAAAUGCUUUUCUGAACAGGUUUCAGUGCGCUCAGUUGUCUAAUAAAGUCCUGGAGAGUAUCAGCAUCAUCGACACCCCGGGCAUCUUAACCGCUGCUAAAAGAAAACUGAGUCGAGGCUACGACUUCCCAGCAGUGCUGCGCUGGUUCGCAGAGCGUGUGGAUCGAAUCAUCCUGCUGUUUGAUGCACAUAAACUGGAGUUCUCUGAUGAGCUCACUCGGGCCUUCGGGGCUCUGUGUGGCUAUGAGGACAAGUUGCGUGUGGUUCUGAACAAAGCGGACAGGGUGGACUCGCAGCAGCUCAUGAGAGUGUACGGCGCCCUCAUGUGGUCGCUGGGCAAAGUGUUUCGAACCCCCGAGAUCUUGAGGGUUUACAUCGGCUCUUUCUGGUCAGAGCCGAGGCAGAUGUGUGACCACUACCAGCUGAUAGAGCUGGAGGAGGAGGAUCUUUUGGCUGACAUAAGGAACCUGCCGCGCAAUGCCGCAGUACGUAAGCUGAAUGACCUGGUGAAGAGGGCGCGCUUAGUAAGGGCUCACGCCCACAUUAUCAGCUAUCUGAAGCAGGAGAUGCCAACAAUUUUUUGCAAAGAAAGCAAGAAGCACAAUCUGAUUUACCAGCUUCCUGUGAUUUUCACCAAGAUCCAGCAACAGCACCGAGUCCCAGCUGGCGACUUCCCUGACUGCACCAAGAUGCAGGAGAAACUUCUGGGUCAAGAUUUCUCAAAGUUCAAGACACUGAAACCAAGUCUGAUGGCUUCCUUGGAUAAACUCCUGGCCAACGACAUAGCAAACCUGGUGCCUUUACUUCAACAGCAAGAGCUGAGGAAGAAAUCCCUCCCUGGUGUGUUGGACGGUGCCUUUUUGGGAACAUUCAGGCCAGAGCAUUACAGGAGAGACCCUUUCAAGGAACUCCCCCGAGACGACGAGAGCAGUGAGGCAGAUUUCGACGAGUGGGCGGUGGAGAAAUUCAAGCCAAAAUACGAUGAGAUUUUCUACAACCUCAGUCCAAACGAGGGCAAACUGAGCGGCACCAAAGUCAGAGAGUGGAUGACGACCACCCUUCUGCCCAACUCUGUGCUUGCUCAUAUCUGGAGGCUGUCUGAUGUAGAUGGGGAUGGCAUGCUGGAUAAUGAGGAGUUCGCUUUAGCAGUCCACCUUAUUGAGGGAAAACUGGACGGUCACUGGCUCCCUCGAGAGCUGCCGCCACACCUGGUGCCUCCGUCAAAACGGCUAAGUACAGCCAGCGAUGAAGACUAGGCACAUUGAUGGGAAGCCGAGGCUCUGUGGACAUUACUUGUACGAUUUGCACAUAAUUUCUCAAAUAUAACGUAAUCCGGUAGAAGCAGAUUGCUGUUCGAAAGACUAACAAAGUGUACAGUGUGUGUCCAUUUGUAUGUAAGCAAAUGAAGGGACUGAAAUGAGAUUAGCAUAUAUUUGUCAUAUUUCACCCCUGCAUUCAGUCAAAUAUCCACGGGAAUAGGAAAAAGACCUUUAUACCUUUCUCCCUUUUUACUAUAGGUUGUCUCACAUGACCAAAAUGUAUUUUCUAUCAAUGGUAUUAAACCUG